CUCCGCAGCAGUCACUUGGGCAUUUUAUGUUUGCCUCUCUUAAUGGAAGGGAACCAAAAAAACCUUGCAGUGUACCAGUGAACUAAACAGGAACUGACCGUAGGGGAGAAUCUGAUGCAAAUUUACAGACUGUUGGGACUCUGUGAUAUAGAUCACCAAGGUAAAUGUGAUGACGAUCAGAAACUGCAUCUGUGAGAGAGUAAACCAGCAUUUCUGAGUUUGAAACCUUAUUUUGUAACAGCAGUCAAAGUGUUCUGAACUGCUGCCUGCCUCGGUGCUGGCUUAUUUUUCUUUUCUUCCCAAGCUGAAAAGCCAAAGAAGGUUUUCAAAGGAAUGCAAAAGGAACAGGAGUUUUAAAAGCAGGAAGCUGAAAGGGGCUCUCCAUAAGAUGAAUUUCACCCAGCACCGUGGGACACUCCAGCCGCUCCAUUUCUGGAACCACAGCUAUGGACUGCACGGAGGUGCCAGUGAGCCCAAUGCAAAGGGCCACUCCUCGGGAGGCUGCUACGAGCAACUCUUUGUAUCCCCCGAAGUGUUUGUGACUCUGGGCAUCAUCAGCUUGCUGGAGAACGUCUUGGUCAUUGUGGCGAUAGCCAAGAACAAGAACCUCCAUUCGCCCAUGUACUUCUUCAUCUGUAGCUUGGCAGUGGCUGACAUGCUAGUGAGUGUAUCUAAUGGAUCAGAAACUAUUGUCAUCACGCUGCUAAACAAUACAGAUACAGACGCACAGAGCUUUACCAUAAACAUUGACAAUGUCAUUGACUCAGUGAUUUGCAGUUCCUUGCUUGCAUCAAUUUGCAGCCUUCUCUCAAUAGCAGUGGACAGGUAUUUUACUAUCUUUUACGCCCUCCAGUACCAUAAUAUCAUGACCGUGAAGCGCGUAGGGGUCAUCAUCACAUGCAUCUGGGCUGCUUGCACAGUCUCAGGCAUUUUGUUCAUCAUUUACUCUGACAGCAGUGUUGUCAUCAUCUGCCUUAUUAGCAUGUUCUUCACUAUGCUCAUUCUCAUGGCAUCCCUCUAUGUCCACAUGUUCAUGAUGGCUCGGAUGCAUAUCAAAAAGAUUGCUGUUCUUCCAGGGACUGGCCCAAUUCGCCAAGGGGCCAACAUGAAAGGGGCCAUCACUCUCACCAUCCUGAUUGGAGUGUUUGUUGUGUGCUGGGCUCCAUUUUUCCUGCACCUGAUUUUCUACAUCUCCUGCCCCUACAACCCUUACUGUGUGUGCUUCAUGUCCCACUUUAACUUCUACCUCAUCCUCAUCAUGUGCAAUUCCAUCAUCGAUCCACUUAUCUAUGCAUUCCGGAGUCAGGAGCUCAGGAAAACAUUCAAGGAAAUUAUAUGCUGCUGUAGCCUGAGAGGGCUUUGUGAUUUGCCUGGCAAAUAUUAA